AUGACGAAUGCAAGAAAUUCGCCGACGACACGGUCUGUUACAGAAAGUGUUUAUGUCGCUGCUCGUUCUCGUCUUAUUCGCGCCAUUCGUGAACUGAAUCUUUUCUCUGAUCAUCCACUUUGGUCAUCAGCACUUACACAUGCUGAACAAAUACUUAAUACACGACUUUUUUUCUUUGUUCUUGUCAUCUCCAUUCUAACAAUCAUUGCUUACACAAGCCUUCGUAUUCGAACACAUGACAUCACUCUCGAGAAUUUUUCUCUUGAUGAUUUCGAACGACUCGAAGCUCAUCAUCCACAUACGCUCAGUGCUCCUUGCACUCAACUAUCGAUUCCAUAUAAUACAUUUGUUAAUCUCUCAUCCGAAUUUCAUCCGAUUUGUUCGAGUUUUUUCAUUAGUGAUAAAUGGAUUUCGUCUCUUUUUCUUCCCAAUGCUACCACUCAUCAUCUUCUCGACUUGCGAACAUUUACUUUUGCGCAAUUUCGUGCACUUGCUCUACUUUGUCGUACAGCGCGUCGAGCUGUUAAGAAUGCUCAACAUACGUUUGCGUCGACUCAUCUCGUGGCACACCGAGCUUUCUCUCGUGCUGAAUUCAUACGAAUUAUGGAUGUCGUAUUCAAUAAUUUCAAACGGAAUACAAUAGUUAACGAGAAACGAAUAGCAGCUUUGACUUCGUUAAGUAUAGUCGAAAAUCGAGUCAUUUCUGCAUUAAGAACUAAUUAUUACAUUCAGUCGAAACCCGGUACACGUUCGUACUUAGCAAUCAACGGUGUCUAUGCUAGACAAAGUAUGACAAACAAGUCGAAUUGCUUCUGUCGACCAGAAGGAAACCGAUGUGUUAGUCCAGCUGGUAUUUUUGAUAAAUGGAUGCCACCGGAGACACUCAAUGCAACCCAAUCGAUAGCAAUGCCUCGUAUGCAAAUUCCAGGUUUGAUGGCGGGCUGUCUUCCUCUUGAGUCCAUGCGUCAAUCAACACUUGAAUGUCUCUAUAACCAAUCGUGCAUCAAUAUUUUAAAUUUUCAAUUACAACGACCUCGGCCGAAAGCAUUAAAAACUUCCGGUUCUAGAUUUCCAAUCAAUGCGACGAUUGAAUCUAUGUUUGACGAAUCCCUUUUUCUUGAAUCAUGGCAAAGCAAGCCGAAUUAUGAAGCAUAUUUUGCUGCUUGUGCACCACGAACUCUUUCCUACAGUUACGUCGGUCCAGUUUCUCUGGCAACAAUCUUUACUGUAUGUGUAAGUGCUUUCGGUGGUCUUGUUAUUGCUUGGCAAUUGAUUAUGCCAGCUAUCAUUAAACUAUGGAAACGAAUCGUAUGGAGCCGAAGACGACGGAAGCAUGCAGCAACUCCGAACAGUCCAACUAGUAUUGAAGAAGCCAUCCUCAGCGUGGCGCCAAGACCACUCAAUCAAGCCGUCAUUGCUCACGCACAUCGCACGAUUUUUACAUUUAAUUUGUUUUCACAAGAUGAUGACAAUGAUCCUGAAGACGAACGUGCAGAGAUCAUCGCCACUCGCUUAUAUAUUCUAUUUUUACUGAUUGGUCUCAUUAUUCUGGGUUGUUAUACAUUUAUUACGACACAUACGAACACCUACAAUUUUGAUUCGCCUUCAAUGGACGAUUUUGAAGAAUUACAUUUACAACAUGCAUCAGGAUUGGAGUGCCAAUGCACACAUAUGUCGAUAUCUCACGGACGUAUGCUCACGAUUAUCCCUCGUUACCAUGAAAUAUGUACGAGUGAAUUUCUUCAAGAUUAUUGGCUGUCUUACUUUGGUGCGGUGCAGCUUGAUGCAUUCGAACUUUCGUUUCUGACAAAUGACUUUCGAGUUAGUGGUCAAUCGUUCUUUGAACUUCUAAAGAUAUUUUGUAAAACAACCAAUGAAACGAUUCAAAAUGCGCUUGACGUAUUCUAUUCGAAUAGAUUUUUCACAGCGAACGCCAUAUCACGUGAAGAAUUCAAUGUACGAAUGACUGAUCGUAUGAAACAAUUUGAGCAUCAAAUUAUCUCAUCAUUUCUUAAUCUCGUCGAUCUUGUACAUUCUUCUAUUAAAACAAAUCGUCUCGUUACGGAAAUGUUCACUAGUGAUGCACCUGUUUCCUCAUUCGACAAUCAAACAUCGACAUGGUCGCUUCGUUUCCGACCUCGACGGUAUUAUUCAAACUCCUGUUCAUGUGCAUUGUCAAAUCGAUGUACACGCCCAAUAGGAUUUUAUUAUCAAUCUGAUAAAGUUAAUUCUUCACCUAAUAUCACUGUACCCGGCUUAGUUCUCGGCUGUUAUCCCGUCGAUUCGUUUUUAUUGUCAACAUUAGAAUGUUUCUACGAUCGAAAGUGUCUGAAACUUAUUGUAGACAUGUAUGACUUUGAUGUCAUUGGUUUAGUUUUGCCAUUAGAUAAACGAGCCAUGAAUGUGUCAUCAUUGAAUAGUGAGAAUAGUCGUUUUCAUCCGAAUAGUACGAUAGAAGAAAUUUUCUCGCAAUUAUUUAUCGAAGAAUGGAUUACUUCGCAUAACUAUACGGAUUAUUUCGCACGUUGUGCACCGAAACAAUGUACGUACAAUGUUAUGCAACGCUUUGACAUGCCAUAUAUGAUAACGAUGAUGCUCGGUUUUGGCGGUGGGUUAAGUGUCGUUUUGGAAGUAAUUCUACCACCGAUAGUUAAACUGCUGAGACGAUGGUUAAGAAAACGAGAACGGCGCCAAGAGAGAGAUGGUGACACAACAAUAAAUACCGCUGUUAAUUUCAAUAAUCGAGAUUAUCAGCGAGUUUUUUUGACAGUUAAUUUCUUUGAAACUGAAAUAUCGGCAACUAACAAACGAUUCGAAUACGAAGAAAUUAUUGCUACUCGCAUCUAUAUUUUCCUCUUUGUCCUUUGCCUUAUCGCCGCCUUUCUUUACGCUGGUCCAUUUACCGAUGAAAUCAAAACGACAACAAUCGCAUAUCCAACAUCCGACAUUGUCAAUGACCUGCAUUCUAGACAACUGUUAACUCUCUCUUGCCCAUGUUCGACUGCAGCAAUCAAUUAUUCGACUUUUCUGCAAAUCACCCCGCAUUAUUAUCAAAUAUGUUCUAGUGAAUUCGUAUCGUCUGCUUAUUGGACUUUUCUAUUCGAAAAAGAAGAUAAUAUUUCUUUAGCACUCAGUGCUCAUUAUCGACUAUUAGCAUCGUUAUGCGAUGUUGCUCGACGAACGAUUGACAACAAGAAGGAACUAUUUGAGACACGUGAAUUGAUCAAUGUAGAAGCAAUUACGCGCUCGUCGUUCGAAACUCAAAUUGAUGCACUUGUCUCAACAUUUAUUACGCAGAUUCCUGCUGAUUUCCGUCGGAUACUUUCAUUCACAAUCGGUUCGUUCCGAGUCAAUCAGCUAUUGAACGCUUUUACUACUAAUUGGCACGUGGAUUUUGCGACUGAAAACGAAUAUUAUAUGAUAAAUACUCGUCCACGUCGUUUCUCAUCAUCGAAUUGCACUUGUGCAACAUCGUCUAAUUGUAUCGAACAACUGACAGAAAAUACCUAUACCGGCUGCUUCCCAUUUGAUGGACUUCGAUUAUCCACAUAUGAAAAUCUCUCCAUGAAUUAUUUAACUCAAAAACUCUUUGUAGAAACAUGGCAAAAUGAAAGUAAUUACACGACAUAUUUCGAAACUUGUCGACCAUUGGAAUGCCAAUAUACACUACCUGAUAGAAGCAAUUUCCUGUAUAUAUUAACAACUGUUUUAGGACUAUAUGGAGGCUUGAGAUACAUCCUUCGUCUGAUUAUUGGACAAAGUUUAUUGGCGUACCGUUGGUGGAUGAAACAUAUUCGACGACAACAAAUAGAUGUUGUCGCAUCUAACGCAGUGACUCUUUAA